CUGCCGUUAAUCAAACAUCGCCGACGUUUCCGAUACCGUUAAAUAGGCGAACGCAACACAACCGCUGUUAAGGACGGGAACGACACUUCGUCCCGCGCGCACACACUGCGUUCUGUCCCCCGACAGAGAAGAGUUUCAUUUUCACGCGAAACACCGUGUGUGCGUUGCCGUUCGCGCGUUUUCAAAGUACAACCAGCCAGCGUCGUUUCGAAGAUAUUCUGACGCGAUGACGCACCCGAAGAUAUUUCUCGCUUUGAGUUUCGUAAGUGGUCGACGCGUCGUCACGUCGCGUCAACGGUUUUUUUUUUUUUUUUUACACGUUUAUGCUUCUCGUACACGACUUUUUUCCAACGGCAAUCUCGGCCCGACCGCCGAGCGGGGAGGUGCGGCCAUUUUGUCUAGUUGACGAAACACGGAGAGAGGUCCGGUUCGUUUCACCGGGUUUUUCUCGUGCCGAUCAAUCGUGUUCGUAUUUUAUACACGGGGGAAAAAGCUGUAAGGCGAAUUUACGCAAUAACCGGUUACGGAUGUUUUUCGAUUUUUUUUUUUUUAUUAUUAUGAUUAUUGUAAAGGAAAUGUCUAGACGCGGUAAAAGUUUUAUUUAAACAUUCCGGCGAUCUUUUAUCAGCUAUGAUUCGCGAGCGUUUUGAAUUUUCGAUUUCCGGUCGAGUUUUUUGAUCGGCCGAAGCUGGAACGCUCGCAAAUUUGACGCGAAGUCUGUUUUGAAUUUUACCCUGCAGUCGCCGUAAAAAAACGAAAAAAAAAAAAAUUCGAAUUUCGUAUAAUACAACUUUGCGUUUUCGUGUUUGUUUUAGGUACUUCUGGAGACGUUCGCGAUCCAAUAUCCGUACGAUUUCGCACCACAACUCCAUUCCGGUACGUAUUCGACGAAAUUCGAUUUUAUCGUCGUGGGCGCCGGCAGCGCGGGUGCCAUAGUCGCCACUCGUCUGAGCGAAAUACCGGAAUGGAACGUUUUGCUCCUGGAAGCGGGCGGCGAUCCGCCAGACACGUCAGUCGUUCCGCUCACGUGGACGUCGAUUUUAAAAACCGAAUACGACUGGGAGUUCGUUAGCGAACCGCAACCGCACAUGUUCAAAGGGCUUAAAGACGGCCGUUCGCAAAUGCCCAUGGGUCGCAUGUUGGGCGGCACGUCGUCCAUGAACACCAUGCUGUACAUACGCGGCACCGAGUUCGACUACAACAACUGGGCGACGAUGGGAUGUUCGGGUUGGGAUUUCGAUUCCGUUUUGCCGUAUUUCCGGAAACUGGAGACAUUCGCGGACGCGGCGCGAUACGACCCCCGUUAUCACGGCGAUUCCGGGCCGAUGACCAUUAGCCAAUAUCAAGUGCCCGACCCUGCGUUGCCCGUGAUAGCCCGGGCCGACGAGGCAAUGGGCGUGACCAACGUGACGGAUUUAAACCGCGCGGGACGGACGGUCGGGUACGCGGUCGCGGACAGCACGACCCGGGACGGUCAAAGAUGCAGCACUCUGGCGGCGUACCUCAUACCGAACAGCGGCCGGCCGAACCUGUUCGUCGCGAAAAACACCACGGUCACCCGGGUGUUGAUAGGCGACGAUUUACGGGCUUACGGCGUCGAAAUUCUCACGUCGUCCGGCCAGCUCCGGAACGUCGUUUGCCAGUCGGAAGUGAUUGUCUCGGCCGGCCCCGUAAAAAGCGCCCAGCUUCUCAUGCUCUCCGGUAUAGGACCGGCCAGUCAUCUGAUGCAAACGGACAUCGCGCCGGUCGUCGACUUGCCCGUCGGCUACAACCUGCUGAACCACGUCUCUUAUUUCGGACUGGUGCUCAGCGACCGCAAGUACAGGGACGCGGCCGACAUAGACAAGGACGACCAGACUCUGAUCGCGGAUACGUACGGUCUGAUCACCAAAGGAUUGCCGACCAUCGGAUUGACCGGUCUGAUCAGUUUUUUCGACACGACGCACACGUUCGCGAAUCCCGACGUGGAAAUGGUGCAGAUCAGGUACGAGUGUAACACGACGGCGAAGAAGGGCACGUUCCAAAGGAACUUUGGUUUUUCCGACGAGAUGGCAGCCAUGUACGACGAAUUGAAUAGUCACAGCGACUUGCUGGUCAUGUUGCCGAUCAGCUUGGUCAACAAUCCCGGCCGUGUGGAGCUCACGUCCAACAAUCCGUUGGCUAAACCGAAAAUAUUCACAAACUAUUUGACCACCGAAGUGGAAUACGACGCGCUUAUCAAGGCCAUCGAACUGACGGUCGAGCUGUGUACCACGCAACCAAUGAUCGACGCCGGAUUCGCUAUAGAAAAGAUCGUGUUCCCCGAUUGCCCGGACCUCUCUUGGGGCACCCCGGAGUACUGGAGGUGCGGUAUCCAAUAUGUGGCCAACAAUCUGUACCAUACGGCUGGCACUAACCGGAUGGGCCCGGCGUACGACCCGAACACGGUGGUCACCACCGAUUUAAGGGUAAAGGGCGUCAAUGGACUCAGGGUGAUUGAUUCCUCCGUGAUGCCGUCCUUGGUGGCCUGCUCCAACGCCGCCACCAUGGUGAUCGCGGAAAAAGGUUCGGACAUGAUCAAAAUGGAUCACGGAAAAAUCGACGGAGUAACGGAAUUAUUUUAACAAUUAGUCAGCGCGAGUCCCACAAUGUACGAUAAUUUAUUGUAAUUAGUUGGUUGAAUA